AUGAAGGUGAGUCAGAUUUUCUAGUGAAUUUAGAAUCUAUAAAUAUGGGUUACUGUAGUUCAGAUUUUGGCGCCAAAAUCUGAAUUCAACUGGAAUUAUUCGGAAUCGCAAGUUUCCGAGGAUUUCGCAAUUUUAUUCGGACAGAAAAUGAAAUCAAACAAGUAAUCGGAUGUCCUGGCAAUCAAAUUGCAAAAUAUCGUGAGUUUUUCGAAAUAUUUUUGGAUUUUGAAUUAAUAUUUCAAUUUUUCAGAUGUGAAUAAUUCAUGUACAUAUAGUGUCAAACACUUCUGUAUUUGUUAUAAAUUGUCAAAACUUCUCAAGGUAUGAAAUGCCGUGCUGGCUCAAAACAAGGAUGGAUGAUGAAGCUUUUUUAGUCGGAAAUCUGAUUUCGAACCAGCCAAAUUGAAUGUGAGUUUAUUAUUUUUUCUUUUUUUGGUUGUUGAAAAAAAACAAAGUAACAUUUUCCAGGAUUUAUCAGUAGUUCGAUUUUUGCGCUUUCAAUUUUGGUGGAACCAAUCAAGAGAAAGGAACUGUGAAGUUGUAAAACAUCUACACUCGAUGAUGUAUAAGCUGGAAAUCAAGCAACCUGUGAUUGUGAGUUUUUGAUCAUUUCUUGGAAUAAGUUUUUUCAAAAAAAUAUAUUUUUUCAGAUUUCCUGUAACUUGCCAUCAUGUUUUUUUUUCUUCAUAACCAACAAGUUUUUAUUUUCUUUCUACACGUAAGUUUGAAAAUGAUUCUUUCUUUUCCUUUCAAAAAUCGGAUUUUUUUCAGAAGAAUUACUGCUACAACACAAAAUAUUUUGGUUCCACUCUUCAACAGAAAAAACGCAGUUCUGUACGUUUUUUUUCUAUGUUUAAUUGUUGUUUUUCCCCCUUUUUGUAGCUGAUAAUCUGAUAGAAACUCGAAUGCAAAAUUUUUAAUCAAAAGAUUCCAAUCCCCAGAAUUUAACUUGAUUUCCAUUUCGAGAGUAUCGGGGAAAAUUUCCCGGGAUUUUUUGAGGUUUAAAUGGGCUUCUUCACUCUUGUUGGGAAUUCUAAGGGUCUAGUUGGAAGCUGGCGAAAUUGAUGGGUUUCUCUGAAUUUUUGGGUAGUUUUCGGGGAAUUUUAUGGGAAUUGGGGAAAUGGGCGGUUUUGUAAGCGGCGGGAGAGUUUGUAGAGAAUAGGGGAAUCGGGUUUGAGUAAGGAGGAGGUUGAUUUUUUUGGGAGGAUCUAGGAGUAAGAUUUGGUGACGUUGGUAAGGUAAGUUUAGGUAAGUUUGUAAGGAAGGUAAGUUUUAGUUUGGGUAGAAAAAAGUUUGAUGAAUUUUAGGUGAAAUUAAAUCUAGGAAACUUAUUUUUCAAGAAAAAAAUCAUCUGAAAAACCUGCUCCAAUUUGUCCUUGUCCUUGUCCAGUGUCCAUGUCUCUUGUCUUUGUCUCGCGUCUUCUUGUUUUGUUUUUCAGGUGUCCGGUAAGGUUUGCACCUUGUCGCACCCACGUCCCUUCUUGGAGCAGGUUUUAUUUUGAUUUUUCAUUGAAAAAUAAGAGUUUUGAGAUUUUUUCGAGAAUUUUUAAAAAUAUUGAAUUUUCUACCCGAACAAUUAGGGUUUUCAGGCUUUUCAGGUGAUUAGUUCACAAAUCUGAAGCUAGAUAAUCACAAAAAAAUGUUCCAAGUCCCCUUAAGGUCUUUUUCCAGAUUUUCUAUUAAUUCAAUCAAAACUUAUAGGAUUUCUCACAACCUGGUUUCUGUAAUUUUCCUUGUUAAUUAUUCAGAAGUUUGGAUUAAUUCACCAAUUUUUCUAGUUGAUGACGAAACUCUUCGAAUUCUCAAAACUAGUGGGGUCCCAUAAAAUUUCUCUAAAUUCUAGGAGGUUUUUCCCGAUAUUUUUGAAAUGGAAAUCAGGCGAAACUGGGGGUUUUUCAGUUUUUUAUAUUCGAGUUUUCUGUCUGCAUUUUUCAGCGCCCCUCCCCACAUUCUUGUACUUGAUUCGUUCGCUUUAUUUUCGUUUAAUUUCUAUUAAACUUAUAAUAGAAAACUUGAUUUGUUGAUUUUUAUUCAAAAGUUUGAUACUUUUCAAAAUAUCUCAUUUAUUUUCCAUAGAUUUCAGAGUUUUUUCUUCGGAUUUUCAAAGGUAAAAUAUAUGUUCACUGCACUUUUUUGUGUUUUCAAACGGAUUUCAAGGAUUUUCAAAGGUAAUAAAGGUGUUUCAUGUUCUCAACAUAUGGAUUUGCGACAUCGAGAACACAUUUUUCUGCACUAGAUAAGUGUUCUACUCGUGGACAUAAUUCGAUCGAUAUCGAGCCGGAAAAUGGAUUCGAACAUGUUGAAAUUCGCUGGAUUUGGUGCAAAAGUGCAGAUUCAGAAGCCAGGUGAGAAUAACAUAGUUUGAUCUAUAGAUUUACCAUCUUCUCAUUAACAGGAAUUCGAAGUGGUCCAAUAUUUUUCCACGCCCGAAAUUGUAUAAAUGACAUAGGAGUGGUUUGCUGAUUGUUGUUGAAAUGCAGAAUCGAAGUUAUGGUAAGCUUUUUUUAUGAAAUGAACAUUUACAAGAGAAUUUCUGGAAUUGCAAUUUGAAACUGAUAAAAUUUCUAUUUUUCUUGAUUUUUUUUCUGAAAAUCUUGAAAAAUGGUUGAUUUUAUCAGUUACAAAUUGGAAUUUCAGUGGAGAUGCGGAAGCUAUGCCCAAUUUUUGAAUUUUUAGAGAAAAACUUUGAAUUUUGAAAAAUCAUGCUUAUGGGCUCACAAAUUUUAAAUCGAAAAGUGUUCCGUUUGACCUACAUUUCAGCCCCACUUACGAAUUUUUAAUUCAGACGUGAAAAUCUUUUUAUCUAUUAUUUUGCUCAUUUCUGAUUUUUCGAAACCCUUGGAUUGCCGCAUUUAUUUUAUGCACUAUUUUUUGAAAUAUACCAAAGCCUGUUUCAUGAUUUCAGUCUGAAAUUAGGGUUACUGUGGUAUUUUUGAUGAGAAGAGAUGGAGAUUUUGAGCCUAGGAUUAUUAUUGUUGCCACGUGGCAAAAUUUGGAAUUUUUUGUGAUCUAGGUUACUGUAGAUGCCACGUUCUCUAUAUUUUUUGAAUUUCUAUGGAAAAACUUUAACUUUGAAAACUGAUUUUUUGUUUGAAAUGAAAGAGAACAACUUAUUGAAAACUGACAUGAAUUUCUGGAAUUGUAAUUUGAAACUGAUAAAUAAUUAUUUUUCUUGAUUUUCUUUGUGAAAAUCUUGAAAAAUGGUUGAUUUUAUCAGUUACAAAUCGGAAUUUCAGUGGAGAUGCGGAAGCUAUGCCCAAUUUUUGAAUUUUUAGAGAAAAACUUUAAAUUUUGAAAACGAUGAUCAUAAAUAGUAAAUUAGCGCCGAUGAAAAUAAUAAUUCAAUGUUUCUGGGGCGUUGAAAGCGUUGCGUGAGAGCGUUGCGGUUGGAUGACAAAAAUAUUUUGAAUUUUCAUGGAAUUGAUUUAUAAAAAUUUUUGAUCUACUCUCCUCUCAAAACGACUCAAUAUUUCUUGAUCAAACUAAAAACACUUGCGUUGUCGUUCUUUUGAUUUGUUUUGUCAUCCAACCGCAACGCUCUUACGCAGAGCUUUCAACGCCGCUACUUGAAUGUUUUAAGCAUCCAUCUUUUUUAUUACUGUAGAUUAGCAACCCGAAUACUGUAGAUUAGCGACCCGGAUAACUUAAGUAAGCGGCUUUUUAAUCUACAGUGCCUGGGUUAAUAUUUUUCAAAUUGAAUUUUUUGGGCUUUACCUAAAAAAAAAUAAAAAUCGUGACAUUUAAUCAUUUGUUGGCACGUUUACGUGAAAAAUCCAACAAAAAUGAACCAUUUCAAAUUUGAUCAAUUCGAAAAAAUGGUUGGAUUUCGGGUGAUGUGAGUUUCUUCUGAAUAUUGUGAAUUAAACAUCCAGUUAGUUUCGAUCAGCACUUGGUUUACUAAUCUACAGUAUCCGGGUUCUUUAUCUCAAGUAUUCGGGUUUCUAAUCUACAGUACCUGAGUUUCUAAUCUACAGUAUCUUGGGUAGUUGUCGCGACAUCGGCUCAUAGUGGAAAAACCUAGUGGGGGCGAAAAACAGUGUGAUCCUGUGGGGACAUGAAAAAAUAUUGAUGGGGGCGUGAAAAACACUUUUUCCACUGUGGGAUGUUUUGUGCACCCGACACAAUACAUUUUCUGCUCGACCUACUUUUGUGCCCUAGAUUUAAGCUUAAAUAAUUUGACGUGAAUUAUUUUGCUCAUUUUUGAUUUUUCAAAACGUUUCGAUUGCCGCAUUUAUUUUCUGCACUAUUUUUUGAAAUGUUGCAAAGCCUGUGAGUUAAUUCAAUAAAAAAAGUAUCGUACUAUUUAUCAUGAACUAAACUUAAAAAUCGGGAAUUCGCAGUGACUCCGAACGAAACCACGAUUUAUCAUUUUUUUCUAGUAAAUUUAGAUAACAAAUAUAUUCUUUUGGAGCCAAAUUUCAUAAUUUCAGUCUGAAAUUGGGGUUAUUGUAUUUUUUUGACCCGAAGAUGUGAAGAUUUUGAGCCUAGGAUUACUGUAGUUGCCACGUGGCAAAAUUUGGAAUUUUUCGAGAUCAAACAUGCCUUGGGUUACUGUAGAUGUUUCUAUAGAAAAAAACUUUAAUUUUGAAAAAUGAUUUUUCGUUUGAAAUGAUAGAAAACAACUUAUUGAAAACUGGCAUGAAUUUCUGGAAUUGUAAUUUGAAACUGAUAAAUAAUUGUUUUUCUUGAUUUUUUUAAUUGAAAAUCAUGAAAAAUGGUUGAUUUUAUCAGUUACAAAUUGGAAUUUCAGUGGAGAUGCGGAAGCUAUGCCCAAUUUUUGAAUUUUUAGAGAAAAACUUUGUGUUUCAGAAUUCCUAAUCUUUCAUUGUUUUCACCCGAACAUUGAACAACUUUAUUCUAGUUUUUUGACGCAUAUUUAGUUUAGCCACGUGUAACUCCCGACAUUUUUUGCACAAGAGUUUGAUCUAGCGAAAAAUAAUUUACCAAAAUUAACCUCGGAAUCCACUUCUCAGAAGUUUUUAGUGAAUUUUGAAAAAGUUUAUGAAAUGAGGAAAAGGGUUUUGCAAUAUUUUUACUAGAAUAAACCUCAGAAGCUACAAAAAACUAAUUUUUCAUCAUUUCUGACCGAAAAACUAAAAAAAAACUAAUUUUGACCUACUAAUUUUUGAUCAUUGAUUUUUCGGGGAAAAAAAAACAUUUCACAAGAAACAAACGAUUAUUUCGAAAAAGAAAUCAAUAUUUUGCAAAUUUUAGCUUCCCUUGUCAGAAAAAAAUUAAAUUUCAAUUUUUUAGCAUCGGUUCGAAUUUGGCAAAGAGUUGGCCAGUCGAAGAAUUUUUGGAGUUUGAAGAAGAUAAGUUUGAUUUUGGGGGAUAA